AUGGAGCCGAGCAUCCGCUGUGAGCGAGCCCCUGAGCACGGCACGGUAAGCCGGCUGCCUGUCACGAAUUCUUCUGUUUACUUUGAUGAAAAUUUCAGCCCUCCUGGGUUAAGCCUCUCCUAUGAGGAGCUGAAAGAGCUGAAGACUGAAUUUGCCAUCAGUCUCUACCGGCACGUGUCUGAAGCAGAGAACAGGACCAAUCUGGUAGUCUCUCCAGCAAGUGUGGCUGUUUCUUUGGAGCUGCUGCAGUUUGGAGCUCAAGGAAAUACCUUAUUGGAGCUGCAAGAUGCCCUAGGAUACAGUAUUCAUGCAGACCAAAGCAUGCAGGAUUUCAUGCACACGGUGGAUGAAGCAGUGACUGACUCCAGCCAAGGCCCAGUGGUCCAGCUGGGAUGUUCCCUCUUUGUGGAUGCGGGCGUGCAGCUCUUGCCCGACUUCGCCGAGCGCGCCUCGCGCUGGGCUAACAGCAGCCUGCUGCAAACCAACCUCAGCGACCCCAACAUCACCCACACACGGGAAUGGAUCACCACUGACCUUGCAGAUGGGGACGUGCGUGGGAUGACAUUGGAGAGCGCUGGGUCGUCACUCAGCCAGGUCACCCUGGUGAGCACCCUGUACUUCAGAAGCAUGUGGCAACAAAAGUUUUCCUUUAUGGAUUCACAGAUGUUGCCUUUUACCACACCAGAGGGCUUGACCUUGAAAGUGCCUACCAUGCAUCACACAGCUGAAGUUAACUACGGCCAGUUCCAGACUGCAGCCCUGGAAGCUUUCAGUGUGGUUGAGUUACCCUACCUGGGGGAGAAACUCAGCAUGUUCCUAGUGCUUCCCAGCCACAAAAGAACACCUUUGUCCCAGAUUGAGUCUCACCUUUCUGCCAAAACCAUAACCCUCUGGGCCAACAGCUUGAAGAGAACAAAGAUGGACAUUUUUCUGCCUAGGUUCAGUAUUCAAAGCCUUUUUGAUCUAAAAACAGUUCUUCCUGCCUUGGGAAUUAGAGAUGCAUUUGAUCCCAUCACUGCUAAUUUUAAAGGCAUUUCAGAGCAAGAUAGUCUUUAUAUUUCAGAAGCUAUUCACAAAGCAGAGAUUGAAGUAACAGAAGAUGGUACAAGGGCAUCAGGAGCUACAGCAAUGGUCUUGCUAAAAAGAUCUCGAACACCUGUUUUCAAAGCAGAUCGACCUUUCACAUUUUUCCUGAGACAAGCUAAUACAGGUUCAGUACUUUUUAUAGGAAGAGUUACAAAUCCUUCAUAAUAAGCACUAAAUGCAUACAUUGCCUUCUGUUCCUCCUAUGAUGAGCUUUCCUCCAAUGAAAUUAAAGGCUACAUUGUAUACAUUUAUUAAAACACAGUUUUAAGCCUAUCACUUUUCCAACAAUAAGCAAGAGCAAAAGCUUUCCACUACCUUCUUACAUUGUAAACACUGAUGAAAGUUAGAGCUGUCUAGCAAUCAGCAGCAUUACAACUGCAGCAAAGACAGUAUCCAAAUAAACAUUUGCAAAAAAAGGAACAGGUUUAGCCUCCUACAUGUUUAACAAUAUGAGCCAACAGCUUCUCUUCAACUUCAUCAUGGCUAAAGUCAGCUUGACUGUUGCUGAGU